CACGCUCUCCCCGGCGCAGGCGGGACCGCGCCGGACGCACCCCCCACCCACAUCCUCGAUCUUUCAUUGCGGUGGGGACUUUCCCGAGUCCUCGCUUCGCGCCGACCGGCAUCCGAGAAGAUGGCGAGCCAGGUUAUCAAAUGUAAGGCUGCGGUUGCCUGGGAGGCUAGAAAGCCUCUCUCCAUAGAGGAGAUAGAGGUGGCACCCCCAAAGGCUCAUGAAGUUCGAAUUAAGAUUAUUGCCACUGCAGUUUGCCACACUGACGCCUAUACCCUGAGUGGGGCUGAUCCUGAAGGGAGUUUUCCAGUGAUCUUGGGACAUGAAGGUGCUGGAAUUGUGGAAAGUGUUGGUGAAGGAGUUACUAAGCUGAAGGCAGGUGAUACUGUCAUCCCACUUUACAUCCCACAGUGUGGAGAGUGCAAAUUUUGUCUAAAUCCUAAAACGAACCUUUGCCAGAAGAUAAGAGUCACUCAAGGGAAAGGAUUAAUGCCAGAUGGCACUAGCAGAUUUACUUGUAAAGGAAAGACAAUUUUACAUUACAUGGGAACCAGCACAUUUUCUGAAUACACAGUUGUGGCUGAUAUCUCUGUUGCUAAAAUUGAUCCUUUAGCCCCUUUGGAUAAAGUCUGCCUUCUGGGUUGUGGCAUUUCAACUGGUUAUGGUGCUGUUGUGAACACUGCCAAGGUGGAGCCUGGCUCUACUUGUGCCGUCUUUGGCCUGGGAGGAGUUGGAUUGGCAGUUAUCAUGGGCUGUAAGGUGGCUGGUGCAUCCCGGAUCAUUGGUGUGGACAUCAAUAAAGAUAAAUUCACAAGGGCUAAGGAGUUUGGGGCCUCUGAGUGUAUUAACCCCCAGGACUUCAGUAAACCUAUCCAGGAAGUGCUCGUUGAGAUGACUGAUGGGGGAGUGGACUAUUCCUUUGAGUGUAUUGGCAACGUUAAAGUCAUGAGAGCAGCGCUGGAGGCCUGCCACAAAGGCUGGGGCGUCAGCGUGGUGGUUGGAGUAGCUGCCUCAGGUGAAGAAGUUGCCACUCGUCCAUUCCAGCUGGUAACAGGCCGCACGUGGAAAGGCACUGCAUUUGGAGGUUGCUCAGCUAGAGAAGAGAAAAGACAUCAAAACAUGUUUGUAGGGGCUUCCAUAGUGGCACAGUGGUUGAGAAUCUGCCUGCUAAUGCAGGGGACACGGGUUCGAGCCCUGGUCUGGGAGGAUCCCAUAUGCUGCAGAGCAACCAGGCCCGUGAGCCACAACUGAGCCUGCGCGUCUGGAGCCUGUGCUCCGCAAGAAGAGAGGCCACGAUAGUGAGAGGCCCGUGCACCGCGAUGAAGAGUGGCCCCGCUUGCCACAACUAGAGAAAGCCCUCACACAGAAACGAAAACCCAACACAGCAAUAAUUAAUUAAUUAAUUAAUUAACUCCUACCCCCAACAUCUAAAAAAAACUAUUAAAAAAAACAGCUGUUUAUUUCAAAAAAAAACAUGUUUGUAUAUCCCAACUGUUGUGAAUAAAUGAAAUCUAAAGUUUUUCAUAGAUUUUUAAAAAGUAUAUCCUUACCAUCCUCCUGAGGAAAGAGAAUUACAUAGCAUGAGGGUUUUUUUCCUCAAGAAUUUGCAUUUUUUUUUAACAUCUUUAUUGGAGUAUAAUUGCUUUACAAUGGUGUGUUAGUUUCUGCUGUAUAACAAAGUAAUCAGCUAUGCAUAUACAUAUAUCCCCAUAUCUCCUCCCUCUUUCGUCUCCCUCCCACCCUCCCUAUCUCACCCCUCUAGGUGUUCACAAAGCACCGAGCUGAUCUCCUGUGCUAUGUGGCUGCUUCCACAAGCUAUCUUUUUUACAUUUGGUAGUGUAUAUAAGUCCAUUACACUCUCUUACUUUGUCCCAGCUUACCCUUCCCCCUCCCCGUGUCCUCAAGUCCAUUCUCUAAUAGCAUGAGUUUUUAAUGAUCUGUGUUUAAGCAAAGUGUCCCCUACCUCAUGCCAGCUUUUGUUUCAAGGCCAAAAGAAAAGAUUAGGAAAGUAUGAAAAAUGAGGGGUUUGGUCAGAGUUUUCCUUCCUUAUACUACAGAAUUUGUCAAGGCAAAUGUCAAGCUGACUAAACCCUCUUUUCCAAACGGCUACACGUAUGCCGCACUUGAGUAUUUUAGGACAGACUUUCAGAGCCAUACGUGCAGCUCAGGGGCAUCAUCUCAGGGUCCAUAGCUGUAUUUGAAAGGGUGUUCUUAGUCCGGGAGACUGAGCCAGGGGGUUUGGUAGUCACCUCUCACUGAAGCCUCAUCCAAGCACAUGCUUAUUGGGAAAUAAGCUGGAGCCUUGGGGCCCCAUGGGUGUUGCUAAAAUAUGACUCACAAAUGUAAACAGAAGUUUCAGUUUAGGGAAUGGCAGUGGCUGUGGUUGUCUCAGUUACCAGGAGAUUUAAAGGAGAAAAAAAAGCACUGCAGUUUGGAAGGAAAGGGUAACUGGUGGAGGACACAAGAAGGGAGAUUUGGGAAAGGCUCAAAAGAGGUUUGAAAUGUGGUCCAAAGACUCCCUGGUUUAAAAGGUGGGAAGGCUUCUUUGUUGAUUUACUGCUUCUUUCAACACAAGUGAGAAAUUGAAGGAUCUGAUUUUGUUUAAAAUCGUAACCUGUAACUAAAGAUCACCUACUUUGCUUUUCAAUUUCAGUUUUCUCUUCUGAGAUGGUAUCCUUAUUGUUGAAAUUAAAACCACAGAAAUAGUCAUGUAUCACAUCAGUUUUUUUCUUCCUUGAAUUUCACGAUUACAGAAAUCUUUGCUGUUGUGGACUUAAAUAAGCUUAUUCUGAUUCUAGAGUUCUAUCCUGUAUGGUUUAAAAAUCUCCAUUAAGAUUUAAUGAGAUUUUAGUAAACCUUAAUACAGAAAAAGGCAAGUGCUCAAAAGGCAUUUACUUUUUUCUUAAUUAAAGAUGUGCAUUUCUUCUUCCUCUCUCUGCUGAUUUUGAAGUUUUUCAUUCCUCUUUAGUUCGUGAAAAAAUUCAUUCUCUUAAAUGUCUUUGUCACCCACUAAGUAAUAAGCAUACUGUAGAGAUUUGUUGGAAAACUUAAUGAAUAGAUGUAUGAUUUCUUUUAGGAUGGAAGAGUGUAGAAAGCAUCCCAAAGUUGGUGUCCGAAUAUAUGUCCAAAAAAAUGAA